AUGUUAACUUCUAGCAAAAUGGCAGCCUCUCCAUCACUGGUGAACUCCUUGGCCAAAUUAUUUGACCCUAAUGCUUUACAGAGCCACGGUCCAUCUUGUGAAGAGGAGCCAUCACCUGCUCCCUCUUUCUCUGGUGAGAAUGACAACUCUUCUGAAAGCAUCAGUGUGCUCAAUACGAAGGUUGCUUCCCUGGAUCAGAAAAUAACCACAUUGUUGACAGUGCAAGACAAUGUUCUUCAGAAGUUGGAUUGCGUCUCACAGGAACUCUGCUGUGUAGAAAAAUAUAUUGAGCUCUUGAAAGGAGGAGAGAGGAACUCAAGUGUCGAACUAUCCACCGUAGCCUCUGAAAAGUCACAUCAUUCUGAUAUGGAGAUGUUGUGCACAGAUAUCAACAGGAAACUCUCUGAUAUGAACACAAGUUCUGACCAGCAAGCCAAAAGGUUAGAUGGGCUUGAACAAAUUGUGCUGGGAAUGCAUCAGCUUGUUGGUUCUUUGGUUGAGAAAUUAACGACUUCUACUAUCAGUGAUCUUAUGCAUGGAAAUGAAGCUCCUUUGAAGCUCCUUAAAGUUGGUAGCUACUUGAGAAAAGAUAAAGAGGGAAAUCUUUUCAGGAUGCAGAAGUUCUCAGAUGAAAAUGAUGCACAGAUCAGCAAAUGGGGCAAAAAGGAAAAGUCAUAUCUGACUGCAAAGGGAACAAAAUCUAUAAAAAAGAAGAAGCCACCUGAUACCUCAGAGGAAUCUGAUGAAAAGAGUGAAUCAUAUUCUCACUCCGAAAAGGUCCAUAUACUCAACAAGGAGAAUACUGAGAAGGCAAACACGUUUUUUGUUCAGAAAAGUUCUCCUAAAACUCAUUCUCAAGAAUCAAAAGAGAAUGCAGAAGAAAGCCACAGCAAGGCUUGGAAAAACUCUCUUCAGAAGACAACAGCAAAAAGCCAGACUGAAGUGACAGCCAAGGAAACAAAUAAAAAACAAAGUCCCCAAGAUACAAAGGGUAAUGCACUGGGACUUGUAAAGAAGCAUGAGGGGUCUGAAGAAAGCCCAAAGGAAGUAGGAAAAGAUGCAGAAGGAACAGACACGAUCGGGGAUAAAACGACAUCCCAGAGUGAAGAUUCCGCAGAAGAUGUUGUUGGUCCAUCAAAAAGCCAGGAUCAAGAUAUCAAGCAUAAAGACAAUGACAAAACCUCGUUCCCUCUGAAAGAUGAGCAAACAAGCAGCAGCAAGCGUCGUGUGCAUGAUGAAGGUUUUGCCAAAGAUGACAACAAAAAGAGCAGAGUGGAUGCAGCAAAUAAAUACAAAUCCAAAGAAGUUACUAAGCCAACUAAGGCAGAGCCUGCCUUAUCAGAGAAAACGAAAGGAUCUGGUUCCACAGCCAACAAGAGAAAAAAUAGUCAAGAAGCAUCAGCAGCAGACAGUGCUAAAACUGAUGAUGGUCCACCACCCCCGGCCCCCUUUGAUCAUCGGAUUGUCUCAGCAAAAAGAACAGGGAUCAGUAGCUCCUAUCAUGUCCACAAGAGUGAAGUUUUGGGAGGUGGACGAUUUGGCCAGGUGCAUAAAUGUGAAGAAAAAUCAACAGGUCUCAAAUUAGCAGCCAAAAUUAUUAAAGCCAGAUCUGUCAAGGAAAAGGAUGAAGUAAAGAAUGAGAUAAACGUGAUGAAUCAGCUGAACCAUGUGAACCUCAUUCAGCUGUAUGAUGCCUUUGAAUCAAAAAAUGACAUUGUCCUCGUCAUGGAAUAUGUGGAGGGAGGAGAGCUGUUUGAUCGAAUAAUUGAUGAAAACAGCAACUUGACAGAAAUGGAUGCCAUCUUGUUCACAAAGCAGAUCUGUGAAGGGAUACAAUACAUGCAUCAGAUGUACAUUCUCCAUUUAGACUUGAAGCCUGAGAAUAUCCUGUGUGUGAACCGAGAGGCAAAUCAAAUAAAAAUUAUCGACUUUGGGCUGGCAAGGAGAUAUAAACCAAGGGAGAAGCUUAAGGUCAACUUUGGCACUCCAGAAUUCCUUGCUCCAGAAGUUGUGAACUAUGACUUUGUCUCCUUUCCUACUGACAUGUGGAGUGUCGGUGUCAUUGCCUACAUGUUGCUUAGUGGAUUAUCUCCUUUUUUGGGUGAUGACGAUAAUGAGACUCUGAACAACAUCCUGGCUUGUAGGUGGAACUUUGAAGAUGAAGAAUUUGAUAGAGUGUCUGAGGAAGCCAAAGACUUCAUCACUAAGGUUCUCAUCAAGGAAAAGGGCUGGAGGAUAAGUGCAACUGGAGCUUUGAAGCAUCCUUGGCUAUCUGACCAAAACCUACAUCACAAACUCCAAGCUAAGAGGAAGGCUAAAGGUUCCUCUAGAUCUCAGGCACCUGCAGCUCCAUAAACUCUUUGAGAAAUGGAAGAAAAGGCUGCUAGAGCCCCUGCUGUUGUGAU